ACAUUAGAGCGUAUAAAUAUGCCGACAAAUUGCGACUAUUAAUCAUUCGACCCAUAGAUUCCAUCGAUAACACAAUUAGCUUUGGAAAUCUAUACUAAAAUGAAACUCUUCAUUGCGUGCAUGUUUAUUGCCGCAGCGACGGCUGCAGUGAUUCCUGUCGAACAAGUCAGGCACCGUCGCGAUGUCUCUGAGAUCGUGAAUGAAUAUAUUCCACCACUUGGGGAAGUUGCGGCCGAUGUUCCCGUCGAGGAUGUCGCCCAAGACCCCACCGCUGUUGGAGAGGAUGGAUACCGUUACAAAACAGUUCGUCGCCUUAAAUACCGUCAACGCCGUGAUGUUUCCGAAAUUGCCAAUGAGUAUCUCCCUCCAUCUGAAGAGGCAGUUACUGAAAUCGCAGUCGAGGAACCCGCCCAGGAUACCGCUGUUCUUGGUGAUGAUGGAUACCAAUACAAGACUGUCCGUCGCCUGAAGUACCGUCAACGUCGUGAUGUUUCCGAAAUCGCCAACGAAUACUUGCCUCCCGCAGAAGAAGUUGCCACCGAGCUCCCCGUUGAGGAAGCUGAGCCUGCUCAGGACUCCGCUGUUCUCGCUGCUGAUGGUUACCAAUACAAGACUGUCCGUCGCCUGAAGUACCGUCAACGUCGUGAUGUUUCCGAAAUCGCCAACGAAUACUUGCCUCCCGCAGAAGAAGUUGCUACCGAGCUCCCAGUUGAGGAAGCUGAGCCUGCUCAGGACUCCGCUGUUCUCGCUGCUGAUGGUUACCAAUACAAGACUGUUCGUCGCCUGAAGUAUCGUCAACGUCGUGCCUUGUAAACACACCAGCUGCUACCUGCCUGUAUACGAUUAGAGCCUUUUACACGCCCCACCAACUCCUCCUACUAGGUCGUAAGUAAGCAUCCUAUUUUGCCAUUGUUUAACGAUUGAAAUCAACAAAAUAAAUCCAAACGAAAAUUGUUAUAAUAUACACA